AUGUCGCGCACUGGCUGGACGCUGCAAGACCAAGUUGAUGAACUAAGAAACAAGCUUGCCCUCAAAGAUCGCGAUCACAGGGCGUACUUUGAUAGUUCCGAAAUAGCAAAGAAACACAACGACGAAUAUAUUAUUCAUCUUAGAAAAGAAUGUAAAAAGAAACGUGUUCAACUUGCGAAGAGUAUUAAUGAAGAUGAGAAAGUCGUUGGAGUGGCAUUCUUGAAACGUCAUCGUGAGCGUCUUUCUCUUCGAAGAGCCAGUGCCCCACAAGCCAUUUCAAUUAUGGACCAGAAGGUGUGUGAAAAAGCCAAGCUAUUCAACGCUCUCAAACAUAAACGACAACAGAAAGAAUCUGAGAUUAAGAAUCUUCAAAUGAUGUACCUGCGUAAUGUGGAUCUAGAGCACGAGGGCGCUGCACAUCAAGACAAGAAAUAUCAACAGGAAAUUCGAAAGUUGGAGAACAGCUUAGACAAAGCCAAAAUUAAGAUUGACACAGCUGUGAAAGUCCAGGUCAACUAUAAACAGAUCCUGAAUUCCUUGGAAAAGGAGAGCUUGGCAUUUCCUGACCGUUUGAGGUCCUUGGAAUCCGCCAUUGUAGAGCAAAAAAUGGAAAUGGCAGAGCUGAAGGAAAUCCACACUGAUGCUCUUGCUGGUAAAGAAAUGAUAAAGUCUAAGCUAACCAAGUUUGAGCUGAAAGUCUUUGGAGCCAAAAUACAACGAGACAAAUGCUUAAAUGCAACAAAGAAGCAGGCCGAGAAACUAAAAGACUUGGUUGAAAAAACUGAGAGGCGACCAUUGCGGUCAACAUUGCAAACCGAGGAUGAUUCUGCAAAUGAUCUUCGCCUGCAGUCCAGAAUCAACUGUGAAGCAUUGGUCAAGAUCUCUGAGUAUGAAGACUCUAUGCAUUCAAUCAUGGAUGCCUUAUCCAUCUCAGAUGUUGAACAUAUCCUACAUCGUGUCACGGAGCAACAAAAUACUAGUAAACAUUUAGAAGAACAAAAUAAAUAUUUAGAGAAACAGAUUUUUGCUAUGAAAAGCCAGAAAAUGAAGUUACAAAAAGAAUUUGAAGACAUGAAAUAUUCUGGGGAACGCAAGCCAAAGAGAAGUUAUGCUAUUGACGGUGAUAUAACUGAUCAACUAGGGCUUGUUGAGGACAAACUGCAGACCUUGUUGAACCUGUUGAAGCUAAAAGACACCAACGCUGUAAUGAAAGCACUUUCCGGAGUUGAGUUCCAGGAAUACAUAGAAAGCUCUCUGCCAGAUGAAAAUGUUAGGAUUCAAGUUCAGGAAGAAGAAAACACAUAUGAAUCAAAUGAGUUGGACUAUGACAGCCAGGAUAAUGAAGAAACACCAACACGACAGGACAUUAAAAAUCGUGGCCAGCAAAUCUUGGAGAAAAAGACAGACAGACGAAGUCGCAAAAGGAAAAACUAA